AUGUCAGAAUACGCACCAUUGUACUCUCCAUUUCUAGGAUUUGCAGGAUGUGCCAGCGCUAUGGUUUUGUCGUGUUUAGGUGCGGCCAUUGGUACGUCUAAAUCAGGGAUUGGUAUCAGUGGUAUUGGUACAUUUAAACCAGAAUUGAUUAUGAAAUCCUUAAUUCCUGUUGUCAUGAGUGGUAUCUUAGCCAUUUACGGGCUUGUCGUUGCGGUCUUAAUUGCUGGUGGGUUAUCACCAGGUGAAGAAUACUCACUUUUCAACGGUGUGCUUCAUCUGAGUGCAGGAUUAUGCGUUGGGUUUGCGUGUUUGAGCAGUGGUUAUGCUAUUGGUAUUGUUGGUGAUGUUGGUGUACGUAAAUCGAUGCACCAACCUCGUUUAUUCGUCGGGAUUAUCCUUAUCCUCAUCUUUUCAGAAGUUUUAGGACUUUACGGUAUGAUUGUUGCACUAAUUCUAAACACAAGAGGUUCAGGAAAAUGA